AUGCGUCGCACUUUAUCUUGUCUGUCAACGCUUGUCAAAAUAGGUCGAGGUGCAGAGAAUGUGACGGAGGCAGCUAGCAACGCCCUUCUGGAAUCCCUCCAAAUGCAUGGCUAUUGCUACGUGCAGCAUCCAUUUAUUCAGAAGGAGAUUUUGGAUCAGCUUCACCGUGACAGCCGCAUCUUUUUUGAGCGGUACGUCACGGACACCACCGCCGCUGCUUCGAGACCGGCGACGAUGACGACGCGAUUUAAGCAAGACACGCACCAGCAGCCUGUUCUGCCCCUUUCGCCGUACGAGUUGGAGAGUAUCAAGUCGCCCUCUGGAUUCCGUGGGUACCACCGUUAUGUCGGUGCCAGUGGGCUGGAUGAUGCCAUUGAGUGUUUCUCCGUCGGUCGUGAGGUGGAGCAUCCGGCACACCUGCGGGAGGCGUAUUACAAACUGAGUGGGUGGAAUGAAGAGGAGUACAAACCGCUCAUUAGCCGACAGACGCCCUGGCAGGUGCUGCUUAGCCACCCCAGUGGCAAUGCAAGCAGCCCCGGCACGGACACCUUUAUGGCCGACUACCGUGAGAUGAUGUUGGCAUACUUUGACCUCUGCGCGGAGGUGUCAAUUGAUGUGCUGCGACAUAUCAGCUGUGGAUUAGGCGUCCGCCCCACGAUUCCACAGGGCGGCCCAGACCCGGCGAGCGGCUACGAUCUUGACUUCUUCACCCCCUUCCACAACAAACUUGACUUUGACCUGCAGGCAAAGUACUACCCACAGUUGGGACAGGUAACGCGCAUGAAUAAUGGUGUGGAGAUCAAAAACGCGCGCUCUGCCGCAAAUCCGUAUGGAGCAAAAGUACUGCGACGCAAAGGUGCCCUCGCGCAGCCAUUGCUGAAGGAAGGCGCAGACGAGGCAAAAGGGGAUGUAACCAUUCGCCUUGACACACACAAAGACCUGAGCACCAUCACCCUACUAGCGCAGGACGCCCUCGGUGGUCUGGAGGUUUGGGACGACGAGGAUGAAAAGUACGUUGCCGUGCCUGUUCUCAAUGACGCGCUGCUUGUCAACGCGGGUCUAUUCUUGGAAAAGUGGACCGGUGGACUGCUAGAGGCAACACCGCACCGCGUGCGAAAUGUGAAGGAUGGAAGCAGUCGUUGCAGCGUUGUCUUUUUUUGUCUUCCAAACCACGACGCGAAGGUGGAGCCGCUGCUGCAGCAGGAUGAGAACCCCUCGCUUGACGCCCAGGAAGGAUUCUACGCCGGGGACUUGAUGCCGGUAUCAUAA